AUGCCCGUCGCUGUUCAGGACCCGUCCACCCCUACCAUCCGAGGCGGGCAUGAAGACGCCCGUCCACGCAUUGCACAGCCGCUGGAUUAUUCUGGCACCCUAGACUCGUACACGCAUAACGACCUGACACCGGUGAUCGGGCGAGAAUACCACGGCCUACAAGUCGCCGACAUCCUCAAGUCGGAGAACUGUGAACGGGUCAUCACGGACCUCGCCGUGACCAUCUCCAGACGCGGAGUGGUCUUCCUCCGAAAUCAAGACGUGACACCGCAGCAGAUGCGCGAGUUCGGCGAGAAACUAACCGCCCUCGCCGGAUGCCCCCAAUCCUCCGGACUACACGUCCACCCGCUAACCGAAGAAGGCAGCGAGCUUGGUGACCAGAUCAGCGUCAUCAGCAGCGAGAAGCAGAAAAAAGGUGGCGGCCUCACCCACCAGCUCAGCGAUACCAGCCGGUUCGCCUCGGUGGGCUGGCAUACCGACAUCAGCUUCGAGCGCGUCCCCUCCGACUACGCCAUGCUGAAGAUCCACACGCUCCCGGAGACCGGCGGCGAUACGCUGUGGGCGUCGGGGUACGAGAUCUACGACCGCCUGUCCCCGCAGAUGGCAGAGUUCCUGGAGGGCCUGACGGCGACGCAUGAUGCGAGUUUCUUUCACGACGAGGCAAGGCGCCUGGGAAACCCGCUGCGGAAGGGGGUUAGAGGGUCGCCACUGAACCAUGGAGAGGAUCUGAAGGCUGUGCAUCCUGUAAUUCGGACGAAUCGUGAGUUCUCCGGUCUGCUGAGCCGUGCAGUGUCCAUUGACAAGAUAUCAGCCGUGACCGGGUGGAAAUCCGUAUAUGUCAACAAGGGAUUCACCAAGCGCAUCAACGGCGUGACGAAGGAUGAGUCGGACAUGUUGCUGCAAUACCUGUUCAAUCUGGUGACGCAAAACCACGACGCGCAGGUCCGCUUCAAGUGGAACAAGAAUGACAUGGCUAUCUGGGAUAACCGGUCCACUUGGCAUUGUGCUACAUAUGACUAUGUCGAGGCGCGAGCGGGCGAUCGGGUCUGCAGUCUUGGGGAGGCCCCGUAUCUGGAUACCCAGUCCAAGUCAAGACGGCAGGCUCUUGCGGCGUGA